AUUGCUUUGCAGUUUGCAUUGCAAAUCUGCAAUUUCUCGAAUCCACCAGGCCGAUAGAGGAGCAGCUCGCCAUUGAGAUGAGGCCGAUGCCGAUGGACUUUUUCGCAGAAAUGGACGACCAGCCGUCGACAGUGGCGAUGGACGUUGACGACGUGGACCCGCUCGAGAUCUUCGGCGAAGGCGUCAUCUCCAUUGACAACAAGCUCGCCGACGCCGACUUCUUCAACAACUUCGAAGACGACUUCGACGACUCCGACAUUAAUUGAACCAUCAUCUUUACAAUUAUCAUCACCAUGUAUGAUGCUUAUUUUUAGGGUUUGUCUGUGUUAGAUUGCUCCUGUGUCAAUCAGGGAAAGGGCGUGUCGGGAACGAUGUGUGUCGUUGGAUCUUUUAUUGUAUGGUUCAAUUGAUAUAAAGAGACGCAGUUUCGACUAUAGUAAAUGUUUUACCUCUUCUUCUU